UUUGUUAUUUUCUACAUACACUAUUCAAGAAAAUUAAGAUGAUAGUCUUAUGAUAGUUAUUGAAAAAAGUUUAUUAACUAGUUUAUCAUCGUCUCGGUCGUUGUUAUAUGAAAAGCAAUAAACACUUUCGUUUUGUUCAAUCGAUGUACUAAAAAAAGAAAUAUGAAAGUGGAAAUUUUUAUAUUUGACUACUGUGCUAGAUACAACAAAUUCAAUGUACUUUGGAAAUUCUAGGUAACAGUCUUUCGUAAUAGAUAGUCACAGAAAUGGCAGAAUUUGACAGACAGCAUCGAGUCAGUUUGAAAUUUAAACACAUCAAAGUGCAGGUGAUAACUGGGUUGUUUUAUAAUGAACAGACAGAUGUUGUAGUCAACAGCACAUCACAGAAACUCAACCUUAGCGAUGGACUGGGUUCCAAGGCUUUGUUCAAAUCAGCAGGUGACCAGAUUCAAUCAGAAAUAUCAGCCAAAUAUCCUGAUGGUGUCGUAUGUGGGGAGCUGGCUAUAUCAGGGGGACAUAACUUAUACUGUGCCUUAGUUUUCCAUUGUUUUCUCAAGAGAUGGACAGAAGGUGACAAGGAAAAUGCUGAAAAGGUUUUGAAACAGAUAGUGACAUCAUCAUUACAAGAAGCUCAUGAAAAAGGUGAUGUGCGUUCUAUCACAUUUCCUGCUUUGGGUCGUGGGUUUAGCAACUUUAAGGCCGAAAAUGCUGCUAAGUUGAUGUUCCAGUGUGUGACUGAUUUUGAAGAAAGUCUAGGUACCGAGCCAACUGUUAAAGACGUACGAUUUGUCAUAUAUCCAGGGGAUGAAGAGGGUGUUGAAGCUUUUAUAGAAGAAGCAAAACAGAGAAGUCAGAAUGUUGUCACAACUAUGGAAUAUUCAACAGAUAUAGGAAAUGUGAGGUUCACACUAGUGAGAGGAUCUUUAACAAAACAAGCGUGUGAUGUUGUAGUGAAUGAAACGCUAGAAAACCUUGACAUGAGUAAAUCACCCAUGUCUAAAGAACUAUGUGCAGCAGCAGGGCCUGGCUUGCAUCUAUCAUUGAAGCAGAAUGUUGGAGAUAAAAUAGAAUAUGGACAUAUUGCUGUCACUGGGAAUGCAGAUCUGACCAAUUGUAAAGCUGUUUACCACGGAGCACUUCCUCUAUAUAAAGAUUCAACCAAGAUUGAGUGCCGUCAGGCAAUCAACAUAUUUUUGAUGCAGUGUUUUAUGGAGGCUACAGAGUCAGGAUAUCAUUCAAUAUCCCUACCCCCUCUGGGAACUGACCUGAAGGGCUACCCACCUGAAUUAUCAACUGAGGCUAUCCAGGGGUCAAUCAUAGAAUACCUGAGUGGAAAUUGUGAUGACACCUCUUUACAAAACAUAUAUUUGGUGGUGCACCCUUCAGCAGGAAACAUAUUCAAGACAUUCAAAGAUAAAAUGUUUCGCUAUGCAAAAGGCAAAGAGAAGCUUGACAAGACAUUGAUUGCAAAACCUCCUAAACAGGGAGAACCACCAGCUGUCAGUGUAGAUAAUACACCGUUAAACUUAGUUCAAAUGCCUCGUAUGCCUGCACGAGGUACAAUACAGUGGUUUAUACAAAUGUACCAGAAAGACCUAAUGACCCCUCCAUAUUGGACUUAUUUUCCUGGAGGUGAAAGGUUAAGAAAAUUGAAAGUUGACCCAGCAUUUGCUUCAAAAGGUGCUUUCAAACUGGUAGAUGUUGAUCAAAAAACUUUACAAGCCAUUAGAUCUUUGGUGCAAAAGACGUGGAAUGAGGAUUCUUUUAAACAUGGACGUGAUGCUGCUGGCUUAGUUGAUCUAAAAUACAAUAAAAUUAAAGUCAUGGGUGUCAAAAGAUUGGAGAAUCUCAAUUUAUUCGAAAAAUAUGCAAGUUUCCGUCAACAGAUGUUUGGAAAAGUUGUAACCAAGUCAAGUAUCUUUCGUUCUCCGGAACAAUACCGGCAGUCCAAAGGUCAGCUUUUAACCACACAUCAUAUAGAUCCUUGUUUGACGAAGGAUAUUUACAGAGAAAUAAAUGAACAUUAUGUUUUCCAUGGGACAAAGGCUGAGAAUAUAGAAAUAAUCUUAGCCACAGGCCUGGACAGUCGGAUGGCAGGAGCUAAUGCUAUGUUUGGUCAGGGAGUAUAUGGAGCCGAAAGUUCCACGAAAUCAGAUCAGUACGCAGAUGAUAGAGCUAACAGGGACAUGUCACCCAAAAGCAUGUUCCUGACACGCAUGUGCAUGGGUGAGAUAUGCAUCGUCGAUAAACCACUACGCAUGCAGAGACCUCCGUGUAGAUCUUGUCUGUCACUCAGGUGUAAGAAAGAAUGCAAAAACACAAAAUUGUUUGAUUCUGUGCUGGUUGAUGGACAGUGGAUAUUUAGAGAAAUGGUUGUGUACGAUCAUGCUCAAUGUUACCCAGAAUUCCUCAUAAAAUACCAACGUAUUAAAUAGACUUCCUGAUUGAAACAUUGAUACAGAAGAAGAUAAAAUAACAGAAAUGUGCCAGUGUCUAUUUAUUUGCCAUGCUGUAAUUUCUAUGUUUUAGCCAUUUAUGGCUAUUUAUUUGCCAUCAUUCCUACUCAAAUGCCAUAAUCUCUAUGUGUUAGCCAUUUAUGGCUAUUUAUUUGCCAUCAUUCCUACUCAAUUGCCAUAAUCUCUAUUUUUUACCAUAAUCUCUAUUUGUUUGCCAUAAUCUCUAUGUGUUUGCCAUAAUCUCUAUUUGUUUGCCAUAAUCUCUAUUUGUUUGCCAUAAUCUCUAUAAUUUAUGAGCCAUCAUCUCUAUAUUUUUGCCAUAGUGUCUUUGUGUCUAUCUUUUGAAACACCUUUUUAAUUUUUAAACUACAUUUAGUACAAGAGCAUAAUCAAAAAGUGUCUACAUAAAUCAAAGCAUCAUCAAAACUUGUGUACAAAAUCAAAGUAUCAUCAAUACUUGUGUACAAAAUGAAAAUAUCAAGAUAAUGAACCUAUCAAGUUAACAAAAUAUUUGGGUAAAGAUAAAGAAUAGAGAAAAAAAUCAACAAAAAAUAAAAAGAAUAUCUAGAAAAAUUACCAAACAUAUUCAAGCAUACAGAUAUGAAGGACCCCAUCCAGACCCUUAUAUAUGAUCAGUGUUGUUUUUCUAUUGUUCAUAUUUUUACUGAAGACAUAGGAAUUACUUAUACAAUUUCUUAUCAUUUUGUGCCAAGUUUAAUUUUCAAUUUAAGGUGGUACCCAACACUUCACUAAAAUUAAUUUGGCUCGUUUAAUUUUUAAAUAUUCCUUUACAUCACAACGUAAUUAAAACGUUACAGCUGACUUUACAGAGUUAUCUCCCUGUAGUGUUAGGUGCCACCUUAACUUGAUAUUACAAUAUUUAUGUGACUUCUGUGAUUAAAAAGAAUUUGUGUAAAUUGAUUUGAUUAUGUGAAAGUUGGAUCUUCUUUUUUAUGCCCCAUUUAUGGGCAUUAUGUUUUUUGGCCUGUGUGUCUGCCCGUUCGUGCAUCAGACUGUCUGUCCCGCUUCAGGUAAAAGUUUUUGGUAAAGGUUAAUUUUGAUGAAGUUACGUCCAAUCAACUUAAAAUUUAGUACACAUGUUCAUAUGAUAUGAUCUUUCUAAAUUUAAUGCCAAAUAAGAGAUUUUAUCUUAUUUUCACAGUCCACUGAACAUAGAAAAUGUUAGUGAGGAUGGGGCAUCAGUGUACUUGGGCACAUUCGUCAUGUUCUUUUUAUGAAUAUUAAUCAUAUUGA